GCUGAAGAGAAGGAAGAUGAAAUACAAAGGAAGAUAAAAGAUCGGACGGUUGUAGAAGCGGUAUCCUCCUCUUCACGCGGGCGUUUGUCAGUGCAUCCGGUGUAUGCCGAGACGUUAUAGUUGAAGCGUCUCUCAUUUCGCUUUUUCGUAGUGAUCUGUCCGGUUGCGUAGCAUCGAGAAGCGCAUGAACAGCAGUCCGAGUCGCGCGUUCGUGUUCGUCGCACGUAUCUCAUGCGAAACAGUGCGAAGUACGAAUAUCGAAGGAUAAUCAUACGUUAAUGUAUUUUGGACAGGAUUAUACAUCGCCUCAAAAUAUCCUUUAUUGAUUUACAUUACAAUGAUAACAUAAUAAUCCAAUUUAAAAAUGUAGUAGUGUAAAUUUCUACGUAGAAUGAUCCGAAUGGAAGGAUAAUCAUUCAAGCUAUCAUUGUGGAGAUAGCAACUAUUUCCGUUCAUCUGCCCGGGUGUUUAAUAGCAUUUACAUGAACGCCAACUGUUCGAAUCAGCUGAUGUAAACGCAAUUUGAGAUAAAAGAUGAUUUGAAAUAUGAACAAAGUGAAAUCGAGUGUAAGCAAGUAUUAAUUUAGUUAUGUAUAAAACUUGUAAACGGCAGAUUUAAGUACGUAUUCUAAAGAAUUAAAUUAAAUGCGAUUUCAAGUAAUCAAAGAAACAAGAGAAAAAUCUGAAGAAAUUCUUUUUAAACGAAGGAAAAAGAAACCGUUCGACGAUACGUGAAUUAUAUUUUUGCUGAAAUAAAAUGUAUAGAGAGAGAAAAGGAGAGACGCGAGAAAUGUGAAAUGAAAAAUGUAUUCGCAGUUUUGAAACGAAACUGCAAGGUGACGGAAGUGAUAAUCAUAGAGUAACAAUAAGUGAUAAUCAGGGAAUAACAAUGUAGACAUUGUUGGACGUGACAUCGAGCAAUGUCCAGAGAAGGAAUAAUAGACAGAGAUCGUUUGGUUUGGAUAAACGAGUAAUUAUAUUUUUACAUAACUAUGUCCUUGAUGAGGUUCGUUCUGCUCGGUCUGAUAUUAUCUUUGACAAGAGCGUCGUCGGAAUUGCACCUGACAAAAUGUUGCCCACCAGGAGAGAUUUUUUCAGGAAUAUCCACUGUGGAGUGCAUUUCAGUACCGAGGAAUGCAAGAGAGCUUUAUGUUCACCAUUGGAACACCACUAUGGGGUUCCAAGGAAUUCCACAGUGCGAUGAACCCGAGGAUCUUACAACAACGUUACUUGACGAUCUCGAUUCCACCAAUUUUUUAGAGGUACCAGCUUGCCUCGAGAUACUUCACGAACAAGUAACUGGAGAGAGCAGUGUAAUAGUCGUUCAUUGUCGAUCGAAUAAAGAUCAACGAGUGAAAACAAUUAAUGCAUCCUUUCCGCAGUUCGUAGACAUAAGAAAAUGUUGCCCUCGCGAAACAGUAUUUGACAGUCGCACGAAAGCUUGCGUGACCCGGUUAAACGAAUCGGAGAAUUUCGCGGAAUUUUUGCUAAAUGGAUCAAUUGAUACAGAACUUGUGAUAAUAACUACCAAAGGUCCACCCACGUGCCAAGGGCCAAUCGUAGACUACAAAAUUAACGAAAAUGAUAUCUUUCUGCGGAACAAUACAUAUUCGGUGAUGGUUCCAGUGUUUGAGAAUGAAAACAUCAAAGAGGAACUUUUGAUUACUGCAGAUAACGCUUGCCUCGAGGUGACGCCGGAUUUUGCAUCUGACCGAACAUUGACAGCGCGCGUCUGCAGAGAUUCGAAAUUCUGCGACACGAACGCCUGCAUCAGAAAGUGCUGUGCCGAAAAUGAGUAUUUUUACAUUCAGGGAUGCAAUAAACUCGCUGUACCUAACGAACCGAUCGAGUUUCACGAGGCUUUCGCAGAUGCCGUAAAUCAAACGAAAUCAUCUACUUUCAAUAUGACCGAAGACUACGGAGUCUUGAUUGGGAAGCCGUGUAAGUACGGCAUGUAUCCCAACGAUCCAAGAGAGGAAGAUUGGUUGCUGACGUCAAAGGGACAUGUUUUUAUCAAGGAUUAUGACGUGUACGACCAGAGCAAGUACUGCAUGGACAUCUUUUACAACAUAUCGGAAUACGACCGUUUAUAUUUGUUCGUAUGUUUCGACGCCCCAACACAAAAAGCUUCAUUAAGGUGGCAGAUGAACACCGCCCUACAGAUCACCAGUUGUGCUUUUCUGCUGAUGACCCUGCUAGUGUAUGUGUGCCUACCAAGUCUGCAAAAUCUUCAUGGUAAAACUCUCAUGUGCCACGUGGUCAGCCUUCUCCUGGCCUUCACCUGCCUGCCCAUCAUCACUUGGUUCACAUCCGAUAGCGUGACCGAGGAACAAAGUACGAUAACAUGCAAAGUUUUAGCUUACAUCCUGCUUUUUUCCUUUCUAUCGGCGUUUUCUUGGCUUAACGUCAUGUGCUUCGACAUAUGGUGGACCUUCGGCGUUUUACGUGGAAGUACGAUUACGAUGGCGCGCGAGCAUAGAAAAAAGUUUCUAUUAUACUGUUUGUAUGCGUGGGGCCUCUCUUUCCUGGUGUCAAUCCUCGCUAUCAUUGCCGACAGCACGGAUAUCCUGCCAGAUUAUCUGCAGCCCGAUAUUGGCAAUACGAGCUGUUGGUUUACACAAAAACGAAAUGCAUACGGCGAAUUAACUUUCUUUAUUGGACCGGUGAUGAUUCUCCUAAUAUCCAACGUGGUGUUUUUCAUCCUCACACUGACGUAUUGCAAUAAGGUGAAAGCGGAAAUAAAAAGGGUAACUACGGAUCCCAUGGAUUCCAGAAACAAACGAUUCCGUUCCGACAGGAAGAGAUUUAUCAUGAAUAUCAAACUGUUCGUCGUCAUGGGAAUGUCCUGGAUUUGUGAGGUGCUGUCGUUCUUCUUGAUAAAAUAUUUAGAUUAUGAGUACUGGCAUCACGUAUUCUUCUACACAAGCGACGUCUUCAAUUGUCUCCAAGGUCUACUGAUCUUCAUUCUUUUCGUCCUGAAGAGACGUGUGUAUCAAGCACUCCGCAAAAGAUUGGGAUUGGACACUAAAAAAAAGAAAUCGACCCCAACGUGCAACGCGACCACGACUUUACGCGAUCCUUAUAGAAUCAGGAAGAGCACAAGUAGCAGUACGUUGACUACAUUUGCGAUUAGUUCAACGCCUUAAAAUAAUAAUUAAGACUGUUUCGCGCGAAUAAUUUAUGCCCAAAUAGCACACAAUAUCCGUAGGGCGUCUUUAAAAAAUCUGUGUUAUCUUUCUUUUUACCAUAUGUUUUUGUGCUCUCGCGAGUUAUGUUACGCCAAUUUGUGAUUAUCUUAAAUACAUACUCGGGAAAAAAUGUUUAUAAAAACAUAUAUAAAUAUAUAAAAAAUAUAUCUAUAUAUGUUUAUA